CUAACCAUUACAGUUCACUAUUUUCAGAUCAUCUUCUACGAGGAGAGGAACUUCCAGGGUCGUUCCUAUGAGUGCAUGAGCGACUGCUCUGACAUGACCUCCUACCUGAGCAGGUGCCACUCCUGCCGGGUGGAGAGCGGCUGCUUCAUGGUCUACGACCGCCCCAACUACAUGGGAAACCAGUACUUCAUGAAGAGGGGAGAGUACGCUGACUACAUGAGCAUGAUGGGAAUGAGGGACUGCAUCAGGUCUUGCCGUAUGAUCCCCAUUCAUAGAGGACAAUUCAGGAUGAAGAUCUAUGAGAGGGAGAACUUUGGUGGUCAGAGUUACGAGCUGAUGGUGCGACAACAUCAUGGACCGUUACCGUAUGAACGACUGCCAUCCUCCACGUGAUGACGGCCACUGG